GUCUGGGACAAAGCAAACUACUGGAUUGGCGCCACGAACGUUGGCCACGGGAGCGUCUUCCGCUGGCACGACGGCUCGAAGGUCAAGAUGGGCACGCCGUUCUGGGGCAUCCACCGUGGAGGGCAGGAACCCAACGGCAACUUGGAAACGUGUGUGUUUAUGGACAAGAGCAACUUCAUGUACUUGGCGGACGCACUUUGCUCUGAUAAUUUCGGGGUGCUUUGCGAACUUCCAGGGUAAUGAGUCUUAAUUCUGUGGAAAACAUUGUAGAAAUAAAGUAAUUGUAUCCUAUGCCCUUGUAAACAUCCCCAGCUGUUUGAAGGUACCCUCAGGGCAAAUGACCUUGUUCACCCUUACCUCUAGGUAUCAGUCGUUAGGGAAGAGAUAAAUCCCGCUUAAAA